AGUUUUGGUUGUGAUAUCAUUGUAAAUACUUGUAUUAGACUGUGGUUGAAAAUCUAGUACUUAAGAAUGCGAAAGGUAUUUCUGUUACUACUCUUUGUUUUGGCCAUAGCUGCAUUGGCAGAAAGUAGAUCAAAUAGAAAAAGCUCUCGACGGCAUGAUAGCGACGAGAGUAACAGCAAGCAAAAUUGCAAGUCCGAUGAGUCAUCUUCCUCUUCAUCAUCGUCUUCGUCAUCAUCUUCAUCAUCCGAAGAAGAUAAUGAUUGCAACAAGUCGAAUAAAAGGGGCAAACAUGAUACCUCCUCAUCUUCCUCAUCAUCCUCAGAAGAAGACAGAGAUGACUGUGAUAAUGAAGUAGACAACGAUUCUGGGUACCAUGUUAAAAAAAGCAGGCAUCUUAGGAACAAGAAAGAUUGUGGCAAUCGAAAGCAUUGAAAAGGAAAAUUCUGCAGCGUUCAAAAUGGAUUAAUCGUUUCUUAAUUUAAUAACACAAUUUUAUCUAUUAUUAUAAUGGACAAUAAUGAAAUAUAUUUCGUUUUAAAA